GAAUUUCAACCUUUCACUUCCUCUGCAUCGUUCUUCCUCUUCUUCAUCAAUACAAUGAAUCGUUGUCAGGUUCUCUCUGUAACUGGGCUCAUACUCCUCACCAUAUCUUCCCUCUCAGAGGCUGGAUCUGCUUCCUUCAAGAUAGUCAACAACUGCCGGCGCACGAUAUGGCCAGGGCUAUUGACCAGCAUGACAGGGCAACUCCCCACCACCGGGUUUGCUCUGAAGAGCGGUGAAUCUAAGAACAUAUCCAUUCCCAAGCCCUGGACAGGUAGGGUAUGGGGUCGGACCCACUGUGUCCAAGACUCCAGCGGCAAGUUCACUUGCCUGACCGGUGACUGCGGGUCCGAAGCGAUAGAGUGCGGCGGGGGUCCGUACCCACCCGUUACGAUGGCAGAGUUCGCGCUCGAAAACUUCGGAGGCAUGGACUUUUACGACGUGAGCGUGGUCGACGGGUUCAACCUCCCAAUGCUCGUCGAGGUCAAAGGUCCGAGCGGUGUAUGUGACACUGCUGGGUGCUUGGUGGACUUGAACGGCGCGUGCCCAAUGAUCCUCAGUGUUUUGGCAGGCGAGCAGGGGAGGGUGGGUGAGGUGGUCGCUUGCAGGAAUGGGUGCGGGGUCGAGGCGAGCAGUGACCCGGCCGCCGUGGCUUCCAAAUGUGCGCGGAAGUUGUACUCCAAGAUUUUCAGGUCCGCUUGCCCACGCGCGUAUACUAACCCUUAUGACGAUAAGAUUGGCACGUUGGUAUGUACCUCCGCGGAGUACGUUGUCACAUUCUGCCCGUAACCUUAUGGAUAAUUAAUAUGGAUAAUUAAAUUAUUUGUUAGAAACUCAUAUUCAAUUUUUAUUGUGAAGUCUUGUUUUAACAAUUUUAUAAUUAAAAAUGCUUGUUUACUAGUCACUAUAGAUAUUGGAAUAGUCCAAAUAAAA